CGGACUGACAACUCAUGGGGCCGCCGGGCAAUAGGGGAUCAUGGGGCCCCUGUGUCCUUGCCCAAACUCAAAAAAGCCUAUGAAAAAGGCACUAGGGGCAACACAGGGGCCCCAUGAUCCCCUAUUGCCCGGGGGCCCCAUGAGUUGUCAGUCCGCCCCUGAACAAGAAUAUUUUUGAUAAGAAUUUACAGUUGAUUGCUGUUCCCAGUAAUGUUCUCCUCACCUUCUUCUUGGAUGCAGAGCAGAGAGCUGUGCGAUUUCUCCACCAGAACUCCUCCGGGCUGUCA